AUAUCAUGUCACGGUAGUGGCGCUAGUAAUGUUUAGCUUUGUGAGAAACCACACAUUUUAUGCUAGUGAUGAAUUUACAGUGUGAGGUGGAACCGUACUUUAUGUUGCAAAGGACAAACAAUAUCUAAUAAAAUAAAAUCGAAGCAAUAUAAUUGCUUCGUAGGGUUCACUCCAUUUUCUCCAUCGGAAAAAGCUGGGCAGAUCAGUGCACCAACACUCAUCCUCACAACUUCAUUUUCUCCAGUAUCAAUUGAUGAAAACAUUUGAGAUUAUUGCAAUUGUAUGUAUGUUCCUUUCCGGAAAGGUUGAAGAAACACCUCGAGCCUUAAAGGAUGUUAUAGUUGUGUCGUACGAGAUUAUUUAUAAGAAGGAUCCGAAAGCAAUACAAAGGAUUAAGCAAAGCGUAUUGGCAUAAGAUAAUAUCACUUACUGUAUCAAUGUGUAUACUAUUGUGGUACACUAUUGCUAUCGUCUUCCGAUUUUUAUCUUCUUUGUCGGUCAUUGCUCUAUGGUGAAAAUUACUUGGGUGGUUGGCUAUGAUAUUUUCAUCUCAACUUUAUAAUAUAUUUUGUUAUUCCAAUGCAGGAAGUCUAUGAACAACAAAAAGAACUGAUUUUGAUGGGAGAGAGGGUAGUUCUUGCAACACUUGGAUUUGAGCUCAAUGUGCAUCAUCCAUAUAAACCCCUUGUUGUGGCACUUCAAAAAUUCAAGGUUGCACAAAAUACACUUGUUCAAGUUGCUUGGAAUUUUGUUAACGAUGGGCUUCGGACAUCUUUACGCUUGCAAUUUAAGCCCCAUCACAUUGCAGCAGGUGCCAUUUUUCUUGCCGCCAAGUUUCUCAAAGUUAGGCUUCCACAUGACAAUGAGAAGGUUUGGUGGCAGGAGUUUGAUGUCACCCCACGUCAAUUGGAGGAGGUAAGCAACCAAAUGCUUGAACUAUAUGAACAGAAGUUUCUUGCCAGUGAAGCAGAAGAGUGUGCUGAUGCUGUGGGUAAUCAGAGACCAACAAAUCCGUCUGGUGCAAAUGAAGUCCAUAACCCGAACAGCAACUGCUCUCACGAUGGCACCGCCACAUCAUCAAAGACCGGGACCUCCAAAGCCUCCUCCCAAAAGCCAAUCCCCGAUCAUUCGCUUCCUAAUAAUCAUGGUAGGGCUGGUCAAAACUGUGACAAUGACCAUGCAAAUUCUGAAAAGAACACAACAGACGGAUCCAGCGAUGCUGGUGAGGCUAGUGAUAAGCAGAACGACGGAAGUGGUGAAGAGAAGACAAAACAAAUGAAGGAGAUGCUGGAUGGCGGUGGGGCCCUGGAACACGACCACAAGGAUGGGGCGGCAGUUGGGCGGUCACCGCAAGAGGUCUUCAUCAAGAAUAUUGACAAAGGCAAAGUGAAAGCAGCACUUGAGAGGAGCAGGAAAUCCCGUGGGGGCACAACUAGGAAGGCCGAUGUUUUGGACGACGAUGACCUCAUCGAGAGAGAAUUGGAGGACGGGAUAGUAGUAGAUGCUGAGAAGAGCAAGUGGGAGAGAAGACAGAGUUGGUCCAAGUCAUCAAGCGGGCUAGAGCACGACCAAAGAAUGAUGACGAAAGGGGUGGUGCAGCCCUUGCAAAAGGAGAACAAUAAUUUGGAAGAAGGGGAAUUGGAUCCUUAUGGGGAUACCGUCGCUCACAAGGGGGCCCACCAUUCGCCCAAGUCUGCUAACCGUAAGCGAAAGGCAAGUCCCCUCCUGCAGAGGGAGGGAAAGCAUCGCCACCGCGACAUCAUCUAUCCACAAUCACUCGCACCACGACUUCCCGGAGGGCAGAAAUAGGGGUGGGAGACUCGGUGACAACUAUUAAAAAGGCACCCCCCAUAAGAAUCACGCGUAAGACGUCGUCCUCCCAGUAGUUAGAUCUUCAUAGAUAUGGUCGGUCGAGCCAGCAAGCAAGCAGUGUUCUGCUGAAAUGGUUUGUGUUGGGGGUAAAAACACUGUUGGUAACCUUUCUUAAAGUGCAUUUUUAUUGUGCCUCUGAUUUCACUUCUACUUGCAGCUUUAAUCUUCAUUAGGUCACACAAACAAAAUAUUUGCGUGUCACACUAGAAUUAUAGUUCAAUUUACCUCUUUCUAAGGGGACUGUCCGGAUGGGGAUGAAGUUCCUGCUUCUGAUCAUACGCGUGGGAAUCCUCACUUU